CGCCAAAAUCAUCCGGGCCAUGGGUCAAGAAUUGGGUUCCUGACUACGAUACGUCGCUCUAUGAAACAAAACGCGUUAUGGGUCCUGUAGACCUUCUGCUGAAAGACACUCUCGUGCGACCGUUCAAUAAAGUGCUGCUGAUCUGCGGACCUCCUGGAUUAGGCAAGACAACACUAGCGCAUAUCAUUGCCACUCAAUGCGGAUACAGCCCAAUAGAGAUGAACGCCAGGUGA